AUGUCCCUCCUUUCCAACAUAGCGGUGUAUGCCGCAUAUCCUGCUCUGAUCUGGAGUUCAGUUGUAUAUAUUGUCCAGAGCAUAGGGAUUUUCCAAGUUUUCCGAGGCUACUCCCGCCCUCCUCGCAAACCAGUCUCCCCCUCCCUUUCCGAGCACCUCCUCCCUCACAUCACAAUAAUACGCCCGGUCAAAGGCCUCGAGCCGCAGCUAUACCAAUGUCUCGCCUCUACCUUCCGCCAGACUUACCCGCGCUCCAAGCUGACCGUCAACCUCUGCGUCUCCUCCGAGGACGAUCCGGCCUAUCCGGUGCUCGAGAAGAUCGUCGACGAUUUUGGAAGUGGCAGUAAGAAUGGGUACGACGUUCGCCUGCUCGUCGAAGAAUAUGACCCACUGAUCUCGGGCCUCGACGGCAACGAGCUGGGGCCCAAUCCCAAGAUCCGCAACAUUAGCCGUGCCUACCGCGAGGCACCCACCGACUCGCUGAUCUGGAUCAUGGACUGCAACGUGUGGAUAUCCAAGGACGUCGCCGGCCGCAUGGUCGACAAGUUGAUGGGCUUCCUGCCAGACGGGCAGAAAACCACACCGUACAAGCUCGUCCACCAGCUGCCGCUCGUCGUGGACAUCCCGACCACCGACGAAGACAAGAAUAAACCUACACCAGGAGACCAAUCCGAAGCAGGCCUCCUGUCCAAAGCGUGGCGCCAAGGCGGCGGCCGCCUAGACGAGAUGUUCAUGGCAACAACGCACGCCAAGUUCUACAGCGCAAUCAACACCGUCGGCGUCGCGCCCUGCAUAAUAGGCAAGUCCAACAUGUUCCGCAAGGCGCACCUAGAAACCUACACGCAGCCAUCGCACAACCCCCACCUCUCGCCCGCCGACGCCGCCCGCGGCAAGGGCAUCGACUUCUUCAGCAGCUACAUCUGCGAGGACCACCUGAUCAGCGACCUGCUGUGGCACGCGCCGGUCCCACCCACCGCCGACUCCCCGCCCCGCCCCUUCGGCAAACACGCCCUGGUCUGGGGCGACCUAGCCAUCCAGCCCGUGGCGCGCGUGCCCGUGCCGGCCUACUGGGCGCGCCGCGUGCGCUGGCUGCGCGUGCGCAAGUGGACCGUCCUGCUGGCGACGCUCGUCGAGCCCGGCGUCGAGAGCCUGCUGUGCAAUCUGUACUUCGCCUACGCCGCGACGACUCUUCCCUUCUUCAACACUACCUUCGGCAUCCCGCAGACCUGGGCAGCCACCGCCGCGCUGUGGGCUGGGGGCGUGACGGCCUGGAUGGCGUGCGACCGCGCCGUGCACGCGCGGCUGCACUCGGGCGCGUGCCUGGUCACCGACGCCGACACCCCGUUUUUCGCGCGCGGGACUGCCGCCAAUGUGGGAAUCUGGAGGCCCUUCUCUGAAUGGUUCCCUGCGUGGGUCGGGCGCGAGCUCCUUGCGCUGCCGAUCUGGACGUGGGCUGUUCUCCUGGGCACGACGGUUACGUGGCGGGGCAAGAGCUUCCGCGUGCGGAGCGACAUGAGCGUUGUUGCGCUCGGGGGUGCGAAGGGGAGUGGAGUCGUGGCGAAUGGCACCGCUGUGGAUGGGAAGGGUCGGAAAGAGGAGAAAGACGCUGGGAACAGCAAAGCGGGACAGCAUCAGGAUGUGCCGCGGUGGGAGGGGCGGCCGAUGGCUAGGCACAGGAAGUCGAGAUCUUAUGUCAAAGAAUAG